AUGGAAAAGAACAACAUGAGAUAUGAGGUAUGGAGAUCUUUGAGAGAUGGAGAUUUUCAAGAAGAUGAUGUGUGGGAUGUUCUUGAUCAUGAUGGAUAUCAUCAAUCAUCGUUCAUGAUCAGCAACCAUACGGCUAAGCCCUCUUUCUCAACCAAAAGUUUACUUCCAAGCGAGCCUAGAAUGAUCCCAGAGAGGCAGAGCAGACAAGGAAUGGCACCUAUGAGACAACAAUCGGCUCCUAUCAAUGUCCCUAACUGGUCAAUGGUUCACAGAAAGAAGACAACAAAAAAUGAUGAUAAUGAUGAUGAUCAUCAUCAUGAUGACGAUGAUGAUAAUGGUAGUGGUGAUGAUAAUGAUGAUGAUGAGUAUGUGUCACCGCAGGAGUAUUUUAUGCGACGCAGUCAGAUUUCAUCGUCCUCGGUUAUGGAAGGAGUUGGAAGGAAAUUGAAAGGAAGAGACUUGAACAACGUUAGGAAUGCAGUAUUGAAGAAAACUGGAUUUCUUGAAUAG